GGUCACUUGACGCCCAGAUGACGACAUGCACAGUUCACGUGGUAGCAGAUCACCGGUUUUACCACGUCAUCGCCGGAAGUGACGCAGUCAGGGCCAUAGCGGAAAUGGUGCUCCAUCUGGAGGAAGCAGACCGGAUAUUCAGACACACAGACUUCGACGAUGACGGAAAUGGUGACAACGUUGGGUUUUCCAUAACCGCAAUCUCCCUCUACACCGACGAACAAUCUACGGGCUACAAUCUCGGCGGGCACUACAGAAAAGCCGACGACUACCUGGGGGAUUUUUCUCGCAACAACUUCGAGGACUUCUGCCUCGCCAUUGUCUUCACGUACCAGGACUUCUCAGGCGUGCUGGGGCUGGCAUGGCUGGGUAGCUCAUUGCGAAGAAUUCCAGGAGGAAUCUGUCAGAGGAGAGUCCUUGUAGCGUCUGAUUGGACAGAGAGAAGCUUCAACACGGCUAUGGUGACCUUUGACCGGUUCGGGAGCCAGAUGCCCAGAGCAGUGACCAUCAUCUCAGUGGUGCACGAAUUCGGACACGGCUUUGGCAGUCCGCAUGACCCGGAGGAGUGCCGGCCGGGCGGAGCGCAGGGGAACUACGUGAUGUAUCCCUACGCCACGGACGGCAGGCGGCCGAACAACGACGACUUCUCACUGUGUUCCAAACAGAGUAUGCGGCCUGUCAUGGCAACCAAGGGCGCCAGGUGUUUGGAAGUUCAUGAUGGCCCCUACUGCGGCAAUGGCAUUCUGGAGGAGGGGGAAGAGUGUGAUUGUGGAACAGCUGCAGAAUGUGCUGUUCUAGACACCUGCUGUACUCCCCCUGGAGGUUUUAACCAUGACCCACAAUGCACCUUUAAGCGCAAUGAGGGAAAAGUCUGCAGCCCAUUGCUGUUCCCAUGCUGUAAUGUUGACUGUCACGUUGUACCAUCUCACGAGAACCGUACAUGUGCAGAGGCAACAGAGUGUAUUUAUACUGGAGACAGCCUAUUCUGCCCCCCUCCCCACCAUCUCCCAAAUGGAACCCUGUGUAGUGAUGGUUCUAGAGUCUGCCACAACGGGGCGUGUGUGGAGAGUGUGUGUUCUCACCUGGGCAUGGACGAGUGCUUCUGUGAGGGAAGUGUCCAGGAGAUGUGCUACGUGUGUUGUCAGACUGAAGGCGGACAUUGUGUCAGCAGUGUGUUACUGGGCCUGGGAGAUCCGUCUGGUACACAUCUUGUUAGAGGACCUGGAAGUAUUUGUAACGAUUAUAAAGGUUACUGUACCCAGGAUGGACGCUGUGUGAGGGUUGACACUGACGGUCUACUGAACAGGCUCAACAACAUGUUCAACAUGGACGGCAGGGGCAGUGUGGGGUGGUGGCUCAGAAACUACUGGUACUAUGGCGUCCUGGUCAUUGCUGGGUUUGCUCUACUAGUAGGAGUCUUGCGAGCAGCACUCAAGAGGCGUAUUGCUGACACAGUUCGAGUCCAACAGGCCGGCAGGUUACAGGCGCUGACUCUGGAGGCUCACAAACAGCUGCAGCUGUUGGACGAGAAACUGCGAGAGUUGGAGGCAGAUGGUGAUGAUUACAUCACUAAUGGAGAGACAUUGAACCUUCCAGCAGAUCUAUCUGAUGAAGUCAACCGACUGAGUGCUCUUUUCCCUACCACCAAGCGCUCGUUGCUUCUGGAGAGUAUUAUGGGUUGUGAUGACGAGGAAACCGUCAUACGUAAUCUCCUCGCUCUGGGACAUCCAAUGAGAAGGCUGACAGCUGUGACAUCAUAA